AAUGGUAACCAUUACAGUAUGGUGUUCGCGACUUGCGAUGCGCAUAUCAUGAUGAUAACAUAUAAUUAUAAUAUAACCAUUUUUAAUAUAAUUUUUAUAAGAAUCGUAUUUGAAAUUAUCUUAAGUUAAAGAAUGUAAAUAUUAUUACUGCUUAAAGAUCAAUUAAUAUAAAUGGUUACUAGUAGCAGCUAAUGAGUUAUGACACGAUGUCACUAAUCCACUAAUUAUGCUACUUUUCUCUAUUACCACCUGAUCUUUCCCGCCUGAUCUGACAAACCUUAAAACUUUAUUGUAUUCAUAGUUUGAGGUUAUAAGUAUCUGUCAUUGUCACUUGUCACCCUUUCUGAAAUUCGAUAACAACAUUAACUUUUUAUAUAAACAUCUUUACAUGUAUAAAUUAAUAUUCAGUAAAUAUUGAAACAUAAUAAAAAUGUCAUCGUCUUUAGAUUCUAUAAUAUUCCUCAUUCUUGUGGCAUUUUUGUGGGGUGUAACCAAUCCAUUUAUUAAAAAAGGAGCUAAAGGUUUAGAAAACGUGAAAUCAUCUUCUAAAUUUUGCCAAUUUUUUAAAGAACUUGCUUUUCUUAUUACAAAUUUAAAGUACAUUAUACCAUUUAUCAUUAAUCAAUGUGGUUCUGUAUUAUAUUUUUUAACUUUGAAUAAAGUAGAUAUAUCACUUGCCAUUCCAGUCACUAAUUCUCUUACUUUUGUAAUAACGGCAAUAACUGGUUGGAUUUUGGGUGAAGAAAAGAUACACAAAAAUACAUACAUGGGAAUGAUAUUGAUUUUGGUUGGAACAGUCCUUUGUUCUUGGGAUAAAAUAGACAAUACUAUACAGCUUUAACCUUUUUAGUAUUUCAUUUUAGAAUGUUUUAUUAGUUGUAAAUAGCAAUUAAAAUUUUAACGGAUUC